GAUACGCUCGCCUACUCAGGUCUACAGCUACACCGGUCAGCAGUUGGCGGCUGUCACUCGCUCCGGGAACCAGGAUGCUCGUCGUCGCCGCAGCAAAGCUGCCUCUUCUCGCCUCCCAGUCUCCUCGGCGAGAUCCGCCGCGGUCACCGAAAGCGCUCGCCGCCAUACUGCGCUCGCGCGUCAUCGCCUGCCUUCGCGCGCAAGAUGGCGAGAUGGCGAUGCAGGCGGCCCACGCGGCCGUUCGCGGCGGCGUCUCCGUGCUAGAAAUUGCGAUGUCCACUCCUGGAGUGCUAGAGGCUGUUGAGGAUCUUCGCAGGAUUUACCCUUCCUUGACAUUUGGGGUUGGUACGGUCCUCAAUGCUGAUGAUGCAAGGAAAGCCAUUAGAGCUGGUGCACAGUUUCUCAUGAGCCCUGGCACAGUCAUGGAAAUACUUCAUGAUCUUGAUGGAAGUGAAGCUCUGUAUAUCCCAGGAGUGCUGACACCAACUGAGGUUAUAUAUGCUUUCAAUGCUGGUGCUAAAGUCGUUAAGGUGUACCCAGCUUCGGUGAUGGGUGGAGAGAUGUACAUGUCUGCUCUAAAGAAACCAUUUCCUCUUGUACCAAUGGUUGCUUCGCAAGGAAUUACCAUAGGUUCAAUCAAGUCGUACAUGGACGCAGGGGCAUCUGCAGUGGUGCUGUCCGAUGCUAUCUUCGACAAAGAGUUGAUGAGAGAAAGGAAUUUCAUUGGAAUUGCAGCGCUCGCAAAUCAGGCCACUUUGCAGGCAUCACAGUGUGGAAGAUGAGGCAAAACCAAAAACUUAGUGUGCAAGCAUUGCAGUUCAGAAAACGGGACAAAGUGCUUGCCUAAUACUGCUUGGCUUGGGAUUAACAAUACCAUCCACUUACAUUCCCUGCUCUGCAUGAGAAGAGGAAGAAGCCAGUUCUGUUUCCCUGGUACUGAAGCCCCCCCCCCCCCCCCCCCCCCCCCCCCCCCGGCAAGGUCUGUACAUUCGGCUCGCUACGGUUGCCGCCCCAGCCCUGCCGACAGAUGGCUAGUUAACAUAGGAAAUUAAUCCGAACUCAUUUAACUGCUGCUACUAUUCCAUGAGUCCACAUUCAUUGACUCUCAACUUUUGUUAUGGCUAAUUGGCUAGUGCCGAGCUCCACUCUGACCAACACUACAUGCAUCCUGAAGAAACUCUGAACCUGACGCACAGUGCACGGCUGAACUAGACCAGCAUCACCAGCAGCACAAGGAGGCUGCAUAGCGUGAUCGGCCACAGAGCAGCAGCAGCAGUCGUAAUCGUCGCCGAGCCGCACGUCCGCACCUGCACGCCACCGCUGGUCGAGUUGUUGGUACAUCCACUCGCAUGUCGUGUUGUCGACUGGCCCAGGACGGGGGUACACCGUGCAGGUGCAGACCCACAUUCUGAACCCAGCGGUGUAUUGCUGAACAUCGUCCUCUGCCGCUCGUUGUAGUCUUACCUGAAGCGAUUGAUGAUCAGGAUCAAUCGGGGAAUUCAGAUUGUUUCAUACGUACGUGGGCAGGUAGUUGGGCGUGGGUUGGAGAUCAAGUGGGUGGGGUUACAUUGCACUACAUACCGGAGUGCAGCAGCAGCAGCAGCAAAAGGGCAAGGCUCAAGAUGGUCAUGGCCUGAUGGGGCGUCCUUGUCUUCAUCUCUGUUAGGCACAAGUUCGUAGCAGAAGAACAUGUUAUAUGAAGUCAUAUCAGUUAAAUGGAAUAGGAGAGGACAGACGAGGAAAUAAUCCUGUAAAAUCAACCAGAAACAAAAACAACAUCAUGAAUACACGUUUAAUUACAUGUUUGCAGUGUCAGGUACAAAACAUAGUAUAGCAAGUAAAAAAAAUGUUCGUCGAGUAUUUCAAAACGUUCAUCGUUUCUUUGAAAACGUGUAUCAUGUAUUUUCAAAAGACCUUGUGUAUUUUUAAAUAUGUCAUAUUGUUUUCAUAAAUAUUGCACGGAAUUUUUUAUAUACAUUUUUAGUAAUGCAAGAUGAACGAUCUGUAGUACAUGCUGAGUUUUUUCCUUUUAUUCUUUUUAUGUUUUCAGUGUUUCUAUUUAUUUCCUAGUUUUUCUUGUUCUAAUUUAUUUUUCUGUUUCUUUAUUAGGAAAAUAUAAAAUGCACAUAACAUGAUUUUUUUAAUACAUGCUUAUUGUUUUUUGAUAAAAGAUGAAUAUUUUUA